ACUAGUAUACUUCACUAUAUAUCAAAAUCAAACCACCAAAUAAACUCAAACUCUGAUCUCACACCAUGAACAUCAACAAGAACAAAAAACCUCAUGUAUUAUGUAUUCCAUUCCCUUCACAAGGUCACAUAACACCCAUGCUUAAGUUUGCCAAGCUUUUACACUCCAAAGGCUUCUAUAUCACCUUCAUCAACACUGAGUACAAUCACAAUAGACUCCUCAAGUCUAGACCUUCUUCUUCUUCUUCUUCUUCUUCUUCUUCUUCUUCAUCUUUAGACCUUUUCGAGGACUUUGUAUUCGAGACAAUCCCCGAUGGCCUACCGCCUUCCGGUGAAGAUGUAACACAAGAUAUACCUUCAUUAUGUGAGUCUCUAUCAACUAAAUGCUUGUUUUAUUUCAAAGAAAUGGUCACUACAAGGCUCUCUUCUCCGGCAACGUUCAUCGUCUCCGAUAUAUUUAUGGGAUUCACUUCCAAUGUUGCGGCGGAGCUCGGAAUCCCUCUGGUCUUGUUUUGGUCUGCAAGUGCUUGUGGUCUUAUGUGUUAUUUACACUACAAACAUCUCAUUCAAGCUAAUCUUGUUCCACUCACAGAUGAGAGUGACCUAGAGACAAAGGUGGAGUGGAUACCAGGGAUGAAGAACAUGAGGUUAAAGGACAUGCCAACAUUCAUAAGAACAAAAGACAUAAAUGACAUAGUCCUAAACUACAUCCUCAAAGACAUGGAAAGAGUCCCCAAAGCCUCUGCACUAAUAAUGAACACCAUGCAUGAACUAGAACAAGAAGUCCUCACAGCCAUGUCAUCCAUAAUAACCCUACCAACUUACACCAUUGGUCCUUUAUCCCUCCUCUCCAAACAACUCCUUCCAACCCUAGGAUCAAACCUUUGGAAAGAGGACAUGAGUUGCAUGGAAUGGUUGGCAGGCAAGAAGGCAUCAUCAGUGGUUUAUGUCAACUUUGGAAGUGUAGCAGUGAUGAGUAAGAAACAAAUGGUUGAGUUUGCAUGGGGACUUGCUAACAGUGAGCAUGAGUUCUUGUGGGUUGUAAGACCAGACUUAGUGAGAGGAGACAAUGCAGUGUUACCACAAGAGUUCUUGACAAAGACUCAAGGAAAGAGAAUGCUAACAAGUUGGUGUCCACAAGAGGAUGUUCUUAAACAUGAAGCCAUUGGAGGGUUCUUGACUCAUGGUGGAUGGAACUCUAUCUUGGAAAGCAUAUGUGGUGGGGUACCUAUGUUGUGUUGGCCAUUCUUUGCUGAACAACAGACAAAUUGUAGGCAUAUGAGUUGUGAAUGGGGAAUUGGGAUGGAGAUUGAUGAGCAUGUGGAGAGAGAAGAGGUGGAGAGGUUGAUAAGAGAAUUGAUGGGUGGAGAGAAAGGGAAGGAGAUGAAGAAGAAGAUGGUGGAGUUGAAGGAGAUUGCUUUCAGGGGUUGUUAAGUUGGUGGCUUGUCUUUUGCUCAUAUGGAGAGUGUUAUGAAUGAUGUGUUUGGAUUAAGGGAAGCUUGUUUGAAUUAGUGUUUAUUUCAAGUGUGGAAUGUAAUGCUUGGUUUGGAGAAUGUAGUAUUUUCAGCUUGCCUGAAUUAAGUGUUAGUCAAGAUCA